CGGAGCGCAAGCGCCCUCAAGCCACAGGAAGUAUCAACAACCUCCGAGGCUCGACUGCAGAGGGACGUAGUUUAUGAAGGCAGACCACCAUGGCACCGGCUCGCGAUGCCAACGUGGUCAAGCUGGCCGUGGAACUGCGGCUUCCGGACAUUAGGGCUCACCCUUACCUGGGGGAGUUCAGUCUUCAGAGGCAGCUUAUGGAUUUCAUUAAGGACCUCUGCACUUAUUGGAAAAUUGAAAAUCCAGAGCACUUUGCCUUGCAGUAUACAGAACCACCAACUCACUACGUCACUGAGAAGAACCGAAGCAGAAUUAAAGAUGGAACUGUUCUAAUGCUAAUUUACUCUGCAAGCAAGACAGCCGAUGAUAUUCUUUACAAGCUAAAGAAAUGUGUGCUUGAGGAAAAGAGAGAUGCACUCACGAUGCUUGUGAAGAUGAGCUCAGACAUCACCUUUGCACAAGAAUUCAUUGCCAAGCAAGGUAUCAUCCUCUUAAUAGCACACAUGGAAAGCCCAAAGAAUGAAGCUAUGGUAUUGCCCUACAUGCUGACCUCAUUCCUAGAACUCAUGGAUCACGGAAUCAUGCCCUGGGAUGACCUCCAGCCGCCCUUCAUUGAAAAGAUGGUGUCUUUCAUAAACGUGCAGGUGUCACCAGACACGCGCACCCUCUCAACGGCGCUGACCAUCCUGGAGAAUAUCGUCCUGAAUAGCCAGAGCAAGUAUACUCUGGUGGAGAAGCAAAUCACCAUACCUCACCUUCUGCAGCACAUCUCCAACAGCAAGAAAGUGGAAAUCCAGCAGUCGGUGUUGGCCCUCAUCAACGCCCUGUUCCAGAAGUCCGAGGCGCAAAAGAGAAAGUACUGGGCAGCCACUCUUUCCAGUAGACAGUAUAGGACCAUUCUCACCAAUAAUGUACUCAUACAUACAGAAACUGGUGGCAUUGGAGCGGACAUGGCCCACCAGCUGUAUGUCCUCCAGCAGCUGCUCCUCAACCAGUAUGAAGAAAGGAUGAACACUAGCAUGGACCCCAGUGAUCAAGAUGCCACUGACAAGAUCAAGGAACUUCGUCGCAUUGCUUUUGAAUCAGAUGGAGAGGUGUGUUUUUGUUUUUCAUUUUUUAUUUUAUUUUACUUGUCGGCAGUUCAGAGUGAGUUGGGAGCUAAAAGCAAUGUAUGGGAAUAUGUAUUGAUUGCUGUUAAAAGCAAUGUGAUUUUGCAUGAUCAAAUGUGGAUAUUGACAAUUGAUUUGAGAGAUGCAGAUAUUAAGGGAAAACAUCAACAAACAACACCAAACAUCAGCUUGAUAUAUAGUGAAAGACCAUAUUGGAAAACCAGCUUUAUCUUUCCUUUCCCAUUUUUUCACAGAUAUGCCAAGCUAGUGUUGGAGAAUUGUUACCGAGCCGACUCCCAUGAGUGUCCCUUUGGACGAGCCAGCAUUGAACUCACAAAACUCCUCUGUGAGAUCCUGAAGAUUGGUGAGGUCCCAACGGAGCAAGGGCAGACUUUCCAUCCCAUGUUCUUCUCACAUGAUCAUGCCUUCGAGGAACUCUUCUCCAUCUGCAUUGUGUUACUAAACAAAACAUGGAAAGAAAUGAAGGCAACAACUGAAGACUUCAGUAAAGUGCUGAGUGUUGUGCGUGACCAGAUCACUCGCACAAACAAUGAACUGCCUUCAACCCUGGACAAGUUCCGAGUCAAGAUCAACAGCCUCACGUAUGCGGAAAUUGCUGAGCUCUGGCAGCAGGAGCGGAUUAACAAUGAGGAGCAGGAGAUGCAAGCUCCACCCAUCAAGGAGUUGAGAAAGCAGCUGGAGCCGGAAAUCCUUGAACUGAUCCAGCAGCAUCGCCUGAGGUUCCUAGUGGAGGGCACCAGGUUUAGAUAUGGCAGAGGCAUGCGAGCAAAGGACAAGUUCUGGUACUGCCGCCUAUCGCCUAACCAUAAAUUCUUCUACUACGAUGACUGUGACGAGAAGACUGUGCCAAGCAUAGAUGAGCUGACCAAGAAGAUCAGCAUUGUGGAUCUCAAGGGUAUUGUGACAGGGAAGGAGUGCCCGCACAUGAAGGAUAGGACGGGAAAAAAGAGUUCUUCGCAAUUAGCCUUCUCCCUCAUUCUUGAGAGCAACAAUGUCAAUGAAACAAACAGCUUAGACUUUGUUGCUCCUGAGGAAACCAUAUACAAUUACUGGAUAGAUGGGGUAAAUGCCCUACUCCGUCAGAGAAUGCCCAGUGUAGCAGCCAACAGGGACCUGGAGAUGCUAUUAAACAUGGAGAUCAAACUUCGCCUCCUUGAUGCUGAGGGGGUCACUAUACCACAGCAGGAGCCUCCCAUUCCUCCUCCUCCUCCAAAUUACAACUUCUGUUACCAGCUGAACUGAGGCAGGCUUGAGGUUAAACCUACCAUUGUAAAGGAGCAUUAUUAAGUGACGAGGGUUGAGUGUUUUUUAGAAUGUUUUUUGUCCUGUGUGGCACUGGACAUGUCAUCAGCACAAAGUCCCUCAGUCAUACCCAGAGGACUCCGUAUUUGUGAUUUCCUCUGAUCACCUGUAAGAUAUUUUUUAUAAAAUGGUGGUGAAGAACAGAGCCCGGGGAAUUUUGUUAUGUUUUAUAUUUUGAUUUGAAACUUUAUCAUAUUGAAACAACAAUCAAAAACAAUCACUCUCUUUACUGUUAUCACAUCCACCUGUUGGCAUGGUCAGGGUAACAUUAUUAUGGGAUGUGUUCAGUCCUGCAUUCAUAAAAGGUAAUUAUAUUAUUGAGAUACUUUCCUGAAAUCAACUUUUGAAAAUUUGUCCCUUGUGACAGUUAUGGGUUAGGUAAAAUAAACAAAAUAAAAAAGUUAUGAAAUUAUUGUAAUUAUAUGGAGAAUUACGGUUUUGUCUUUGGUAGUACAGCUAUUACUGUUUUGCCUUGUUUAUAGGAUUUUUUUUUCUUUUCUUUUCUUCAAAAGACCAAGGUCAUUCCACAAUAUAUUGUAAUUUUGCACCAACAUAUACACAUCAGCAUGCAGAGAUGUACAUACAUAUACCGAUUCACACUCACACACACACACACACACAGACAGACAGACAGACAGACAGACAGACAGACAGACAGACAGACAGACAGACAGACAGACAGACACACAGACACACAC